GGGGAGGAGGUUCCCAAUCAUGACGUCGAUAACAUCUAUCGAGUGCCGUCGACUCCAGCUGCCGUUCAACCAGCCAUACGUCACCGGCGCAGGCACACUCAAGACAACCCAGUGCGUCAUUGUGCGCGUCCACACGUCUGACGGACUGGUCGGCAUCGGCGAGGCAUGCCCGUAUCCCACAAAGUAAGGGAUAGAUGAUGUGCUGCAGGCAGACGACAAGAUCUCUUGACACGCAGUGGCAUGGUUCUGUCUUUUUCUGCUGCUCCAGGUUCCAGGAUGAGACGCCCGGCACUGUGAUGAGUGUCCUGGAGGUGCGGCAUGGGAGGACGGCCUGAUCAAUUCACUUGCUUUCCGGCACCACACGUGGGUGUGUGAUGUGUUGAUGUAGGAGAUUCUCGCACCGAGUUUGAUCGGCCAGAAUCCGCUGCACGUCAACGACAUCAACCGCAUCAUGGACGCCAUCAUCCCCGGCAACCCACAAGCCAAAGCGGCCAUCGAUGUUGCGUGCUGGGACAUACUCGGUAAGCCAACGACACCAUCCAUCCAUCCAUCCAUCGUGUGUGUUGUGAUAUGGUUGCAGGGAAGAAGCUGGGUGCGCCGAUCUAUCAGCUGCUGGGCGGGCCGCUCCGCACCUCUCUGGAUCUGCUGUGGCCCAUGGGCGACCAGACUCCCGCAGAGGAUACGAAAGAGGUGGGCGGGCACGGUGCCACACGAUGUGACACGCGUGUGUUUGUUGUCUUGUGAUCAGGUGACUGAGAAGGUCGAGGAGGGCUUCAAAACGUUCAUGUACAAGUAAGCAGCCCACCACUUGUGCGAGGCGCGCCACGGUUGUCACAUCUUUGUCUUGUGUAUGGCCACCUACCUGUCGGUGUCUGUGUCUGUGUGUCAGGAUGGGUUUCUACAAGGACAUAGAUAUGGAGAUAGAGCGCAUCGCCACCGCCAGGAAGGUCUUCGGCAAAGAACUAGUCAUCGUGCCCGACGCAAACCAAGGCAAGCGGGCAAGACAGCACCCCCUCCACAGCUCCCUCCCACCCACCCCUCUGUGUCUCCUCUCAAGAGUGCAGGUUUCACGAAGGACGAGGCGAUUCAGCUGCUGCGAGGGUUGGAGCCGCUGCAGUCGAAGGGUCCGCUGUUUGUGGAGCAGCCCGUGUCCAAGGAGCGGCCGCAGGACAUGGUCUCCCUCCAGAGACAGACGUCCAUCCCGCUGUCGAUAGACGAGUCCCUCGUCACCGUCAAGGACGCCCUCCACUUUGCGCAGCAGCAAGGUGAUAGAAGAGAUGAAGCAAAAUGACGGACGGGAGCAGACGUGCACUGUGUGUGUGUCUCUGUGUGUUUAGGGUGUGGGGUGUUUAGUGUCAAAGUCGUCAAGAAUGGCGGCAUCAGCAAGGCCAAGGAAAUAUGCGGUGAGUGAGCAGAAAAGUCCACGCAAGAGCAGGAAGGCCAGCUGAUGUGCUGUUUGCUCAUCGCCGGAUGGAUGGCCGGAUGGAUGGAUGGAUGCAGGGGUCGCCAAGUUAUAUGGCAUUCCGUGCCUGUUCAACUCGAUGCUCGAGACGGGCGUGGCCCAGGCAGCCGCCCUCCACCUGGCCGCCGUCACGCCCACACUCUACCCAUCCGGACACUGCUUCAUGUACACACAGACACGUCACCCCUCCCCCCCACCCAUCCCUGCAGCCCACUCUCUGCCCUCUCUCUGUGUCAGGUCGACAUUGCGUCUCAAGGACGUCACGACGUUCGCGUCGUCGCUGAUCCGGAAGGACAAUGCGUCCGGUCUGCUGAAGGUGCACCUGCCCACCGGCCCGGGGCUGGGCAUAUCGCUCGACGAGGAGGCCCUCGAGAUGCACACCGUCGACAGAAGGGUCAUAACGGACGACAAGAAGGCAUGGAACGGCAAGCUCGAGUGAGUCGAGUGAGCGGGGGCCGGGGGAUGGCCCCCGCUCCCGCCUACUACUAGUAGGUGUGGGGGUGGGGGUAUGUAUUUUUCGUGUCUCUGCGGGCUCGAAAGACAGCCUCGAGCGAUGUCCAUGUCUGUCGUCUUUUUCCUUGGUGCGUUCGCGACGGACGAGUGUCAGUGUCACAGUGAGUGGUGCAAACAAAGCGCAUGGGGCAUUCCUUGUGUUGAGGUUUGUGUGAUCUUUCUUAGUGUGUGAGUGUACAUUACAUACAUAUUAAUCUGUGCGGACAGCCCUGUGUGUAGCCGUGCAGAUCGCCAUGUAUCCAUCAGCGUCCA